AAUGUUCACUUUGCACGCCGCGGAGAAAUACGGAGAUUUAUGCGCGUACGCGGAAUUUUUCACGCGCGCAUGCGCCUUAAUUCCUUCGUGCGUUUCACACGUGUGAGCGGCCGUAAGCCCUGCAAACCGCGGAGAAGAAAGGAGAGGCAGCUCUUCUGACUGACCAGUGAAGUAGAAACAAGUCCCUGAGUGUCUGCUGUAGUCAUUCCAUCGAACUUUUGUGAGUAUAUUUACGCAUAUGUUUAGUUGAACGCUGUUGCACGCGCUGCAGUAGUUAGGUAGGGAAUACUGUGUCUCUGUCUCUGUGUAAGACUAUACAUGAGUAGUAGAAGUUAGUGAGUUAGUACAUACAUGUAUGAUGUUCAAGGGGUAUGAUAGAGUUCAAAGCAACUUUCAGCACAGGGGCUAGGUUUGCCUGGGCAAGCUUUGCAGUAGAGAGAUGUUCGUUUUCGAGCACCAUGGGUAGCGUCACUACAAUACUCGCACUCUUUCAUUUUCCCCCGUUUAGGAAAGUGGCCUAGCUCUAGGUUGAAUCUCUCAGACGAUGACUGAGUACGCUUUCUUCGUCGGCCGAGACGAGGACGAGGAGGAGCUGCAGCGAGAUGGGAUGACACAAGGGCUUCUACCAGACUCUGCCGGAAUUGAAGAUGAGUGCAUGGGGUUGCUGUGUGUGCGCAGUAUAGGAAGUAGCUAUUGACUAUAGUGACUUCGAAUAGCCAAAAGAACAGCUUUCUCCACCAUUUCACACUUUUUCUGAUGAAGGAAUAGUACACUGUGUACUGGUCGGCUUUAUCUACCCCAUUCAUCGAACGAUUAUAGUCAUCCACUACUUUUGGCUUCACGCUAGCACGUCUCGUUGCUACAGAUGUAACUGUAGUAGGCUUAGCACAGCUCUCUGUGCUAACCAUAAUAACUGGCUUCUUUUUUUUAGCUGCUCUCCAUCCAAGUGCUAAAAGCCGAUUGCUACGAAAUGCCAUAAUCUCGUCAUUAGCCAAGCGAAAAGAUGGUGAUCUUAUCGUAUCAGGCAAAUCAAUCCGGUUCUUCAUGGCUGUCCCAAUGAAACCAGUGUCAUGUUGCUCUAGUGUCAUAGCCAGUGGCAAGCUGGUGUAAUAUCUAUCGGUUAUGACCGUGUGCCCUUUGUCUAGAUAUGGCUCUAAAAGGUGGAGCACUAUGCGCGCUGGCUGGGGGAGAAGACAAUAAGCAACAUCGGCUGUAUCAAGUGUGUCUCUCCCAGUGUAGAUGAGGGUGUUUAGGACAUACCCGUUGGUGCUAUCUGCAAGCGUGAACGCUUUUUUACCGUAUUUGUUGGGCUUUGCUGGCAUAUACUGUUUAGCUGCAAACCGCCCACGAAAGCCCACCAUAGUCUCAUCAGCUGAAAGGUUCCGACUAGGAGAAUACGCCUUUUGAAAAUUGUAAAUGAGCAUAUCGAGAACGUCUUUGACCUUGUUUAUCUUCUUUCCAGGGUUUUGCGGAUCGUCUCGACUCACAUGGAGCAUCCAGAAAAUCUGCUCGAAUCUAUUUCUGGUAAACGCCUUGCUAAAAAAUGGGAUGUUUCCUGUCCAGGAAGAGCUCCAGUACGACUCAAGGGUAGUGUUACAGGCGUCCAGUUAGCAAACCUUGAUCUCGGGGACUUGUGCCGUAAAUAAACAGAAAAAGAAAUCCACAGGUUUGGGAUUCUGGGGAAGCUGUAAAUCUGGAGCAGCAGGGGGAGAGAAUGGACGGUCUGUUGGUUUGGUGUCUGUGUCAGGAUCAACGGCUACCCAUGGCACUGUACUCGUUGGUCGAGAUCCAGAGGAACAUCUCCCUCCUCUACCGCGUCUUCCUCGUGUUCUUCUACCACGCUCUAUUCAUGCAUUAAAUAUUACAGUAAAAUCAUUUUGUUCUUGCAAACAACUUAGUACAGAUGAUGAUCGUAAAUACCUCCUCUAGAUGAGCUUGUAGAAGAGGGGACUGCUAUUGCAACCUCAUCGUCGGAAUCUACUGUUGGCAAGGGAAAAUCCGGGUCUUCUUCCACAUCAGAGUCACUAUCAGCAUCAAAAUCACUGUCAUCGACAAGAUUAGCGACGUCUUGCGCAG